AUGAGCAGAGUUUGCCACCACCUCGGAUUCCUGCUCCUGGCUGAAGCGGUUCUCUGUACUGCUGCCAUAUGGUUUCAAGAUGUGCUGAACCAAGAAAGAACUUCUCCGGUUACAUCCUAUAAGAAGCUACAUGGCUGGUCUAGUGAUCAAAAUGAAUGGAAUGAAAAACUUUAUCCUUUCUGGGAAGAAGGAGAUCCCAGAUGGAAGGACUGCUGGAAAGGAGGAAAGGUGACAGCCAAGUUGGUCACUGAUAGCCCAGCUCUGGUAGGAUCCAACGUGACCUUUGUUGUGACUCUGCAGUUUCCCAAGUGCCAGAGAGAAGAUAAUGAUGGCAACAUAAUAUACGAGAGAAAUUGUACCCAGGAUACUCCAGCUUUGCAGGAUCAGUAUGUGUACAACUGGACUAAAUGGAUCAACAGCUGUGGCUGGGAAAACUGCACAAGAAACCAGAGCCAUAACGUAUUCCCAGACGGGAGACCUUUCCCUCAUCAUCCUGACUGGAAGAGGAGGAACUUUGUCUAUCUGUUUCAUACAUUUGGUCAGUACUACCAAAAAACUGGACGCUUUUCAACAACUGUUUCAGUCAACACAGCAAAUAUCACUCUUGGCAAACACGUAAUGGAGGUAUCCAUUUACAGAAGAGGGCACUCAACGCAUGUUCCAAUUGCAAGAGCAAGUAGCAUUUAUGUUGUAACAGACAAAAUUCCAUUAUUUGUGAACAUGUCCCAGAAAAAUGACCGCAACAUCUCAGACUCUAUUUUUAUCAAAGACUCACCAAUCACAUUUGAUGUGAAGAUCCAUGAUCCCAGUUCCUAUCUUAAUAAUUCUGUCAUCUCCUACAAGUGGGACUUUGGAGAUGGAAGCGGCUUAUUUGUAUCAAGCAGCUCCAUUACCCUUCACACUUAUGCUCUACAAGGAAACUUCUCUCUGAAUUUAACUGUCCAAGCUAUUAUACCUGUGCCUUGCAAGCCAGUAACACCCACUCCUCCACUGCCAACCUCAGCAGAGCUUGUUCUAAGCUUAACUAUUGAACUAUCUUCUAAUCCAGACUCUUCCACCACUGUCAAGACAACGGAAGACAAUCCUGAUGAAGGCUGCCAUAUUUACAGAUACGGAUAUUACAGAACCAAUAUCUCUAUUGUAGAGGGAAUCCUUGAGGUAAAUAUCAUUCAGAUGACAAACAUCCAGAUGACAGAAAGUCAAGCUGAAAACUCACUGGUUGACUUUGUUGUUACCUGCCAAGGGAGCCUUCCUACGGAUGUUUGUACAGUAGUUUCUGAUCCUACAUGCCAGAUGUCUCAGAGUGUGGUAUGUGACCCCAUCCCCAUCACUGACAAAUGCCUUCUCACCAUACGGAGAGCUUUUGAUGAACCUGGAACAUACUGUAUAAAUAUCACCUUGGGAGAUGAUACAAGUCAAGCCCUUGCAAGUGCACUUAUAUCUGUAAACGGAGGAUCAUCCUCAGGAGCAACAGAAGGCAUCUUUAUCUUCCUUGGUUUGCUGGCAGUGUUUGUCAUCAUUGUGGCUUUUGUCCUUUACAAGAGAUACAAACAAUACAAACCUAUUGAGAGAAGUCCAGGACGAGCAGAGAAUCAGGAGGGAUUUAAUGCUUACUUCAGCAAUUUCAAAGCCAUUUUCUUCUCUACAAGCAACGAGAAAGAUCCUCUGCUGAAAAGCAAGCCAGGCAUUGUUUAAAUCUUUAGUCUAAUAUUUACUAUAAGAUUAAGUACAGGAUUCAUAUCUGAACUGUACUUUGGGGUUUUUUUUUCUUAUUAAAACAAGGGGGUAAGGUGAAAACACAUAUAGAUUGGUUGAUAAUUUGGGGGCUUGGUGCAAUUAGAAAUAUGAAGUAGUCCUUCUUAGAAAAGAGUGAGGUAGUUCUGAGCACCUGUCGUUCUUGCUUGUGAUCUAGGAUACACUCUACUGAAUAAUUAAAACUCCCAUUCUUAUCUGAGUUUUCUUAACUCUAGGCUAAUUACUUGUAAAAUUAAUCAGCUCUGUAACCCAGAGGAAAAAAAGAUUAGGGUUUUUGUUGUUGCUUUUUUUUAACUUGUAAAUAUUAAGUCUUAAAUAUACAGUCCAGUGUAGCUGCUUACUGCUCUGGCAGGACACAUGCCUUUGCUAGGAAGAAAGAUAUGGGGGGAAGGCACAGAUUAUGUCUGUGGAAUGAAACAUUGCCAUGAUAUAUUUCUAGGCAUUGGCACUCAACCACUUAAACUACUACAGUUAGGAAGGUCCUAACACAGUCUUCCCCCAGGCCAGCUAGCUCCCCACAUGAAGCAACUCCCAAAUUGGGAACUACUAGAGGUGCUAUUCCCAAUAGGCAGUUUGGCAGCAGCCACACAGCUUUGCAGGGUGAUGGAGUAUAACAGUAUGGAUGUAACUCAUUACAUGGCAGUCGGCCUCAGCGCCAGAACACUGGUCUGGACACCUUUAGUUUGGACUGCAGACGUUGCUAUGGGGAGCAAUGUACGAGCCUCAUUAUAAUCUGGAUCACAGACACCGGAACAACAGACUGACAAGAUCCACCAAAGUGGCGCUCUCCAGCCUAAAAUUUUAGUCCCACAUAAAAUUUUUAGAUAUGAUUGCUUAUGGUGACUUUGUUUCCUGUUGUUUCCACUGGACAGGAGACACUGGAUUGGCACCAGAACUUCCCAGAGGGCAAAUAUAUAUUCCAGGGACAAGGGUAAGCAGAAUAAGAGUCCCAACAGAAAAGUGUUAGCAUUUGACUCCCAGAGCACAGUGUGUUUUUUCCCUUCUCUUGCCAUUCAUCUCAUUUUGUAAAGAGACACCGUUUUCUGCCUGUUCCUCCAGCCCCUCUCACUUUGACUGCUUACUCAAAUAAACGAAAGUCCCAUGGUAAAUAAA